UGCUGAAGUGCUUCUACCUGUCGGCAAAGAAACGAUACUAAGUUUUGCCUUAGUCAGGUUUUAUGCAAAUAUAAUGCGGGAGGUACGGAUAAACUGGUUGGAAGUUGAGCGUUGAGCGCCGUAGAUUAAGCAGGAUGAAUAUUGAAAUUUUCGCUGCCCAAGAUUCAAAACGUAUCGGAACUCUCGAUAAUGUGAGUCCAUCAAGCAACAUAAGAAACAUCAAGAAACAGAUUGAGGAGUUGAGGCCAAAGUUAUACCCUGAUAGGCAGUCAGUCAGACUUGAACCAAAGGGAAAGACAUUGAAGGAUGAAGAGACUGUGAGCUCAUUGGGAUUAGGAAAUGGAUCUAAACUGUACGUAAAAGAUCUUGGGCCUCAAAUAGGGUGGAAAACCGUUUUCUUAGCAGAGUAUGCUGGUCCACUUGCAGUGUACUUGUGGAUUUAUCAGAGACCAUGGCUGUUCUAUGGUUCAGAUGCUGCAGCACUACAACCACAUCCUGUAGUUCACAUUGCAGCAGCAUGCUGGUCUCUGCAUUAUGUCAAAAGGCUGCUGGAAACCAUAUUUGUACAUCGGUUCUCUCAUUCUACUAUGCCCCUACGUAACUUGUUCAAGAACUGCACAUAUUAUUGGGGUUUUGCUGCAUAUGUUGCAUAUCAUAUCAAUCAUCCACUGUAUACUGCUCCAAGCAAUAUCCAGAUUUAUUCAUCAUUAGCUGUUUUCUUGGUUUGUGAACUUGGUAAUCUGAGCAUUCAUGUGGCUUUACGGAACCUUCGGCCACCAGGCACAACAAUCAGAAAAAUUCCAGUUGCCACAGGCAAUCCUUUCACGACACUGUUCAAUUUAGUGUCUUGCCCAAAUUAUACAUAUGAAUUUGGAAGUUGGUUUGCAUUUUCUGUUAUGACCAGUUGUUUACCAGCUGGAAUUUUUGCUCUUGCUGGUCUGUACCAGAUGUCUGUCUGGGCUAUUGGAAAGCACAGAGCUUACAAAAAAGACUUCAGCAACUAUCCUCGAAAUCGUAAAGCAAUCUUGCCUUUCCUCAUUUGAGGAAAAAAUUAUCAAUGACUGGGAUUAACCAUCAGAAGAAAUGUGUUCUAUCAUUCCACAUUAGUGGAUAGUUGUUUUGGUUUUGGUUAUGUGUGUAUGUUUUUUUAACAUGACUUGUAACAAUAUCAGUACAAAUAAAUAUAUUGUUGGUUGUAGUUCAA